AUGCAGGACAGCCAGGCCUCCCGCAAGGCCAACGGUGUUCUGCCCAUGCCUGCAAACUCGUCUGCCACCGACGCGCCGAGCGCAUCACGGUCCAACAAGAGCAAGACGCCCGUCGAAGGCGACAAGGUGUCGCAAGACCCGGCCAAGUCGUCAAGGCCCGGUCGGCUAUACCUGCACGUCAAGAAGCGCGAAAGCCUGGCGGAGCUCGACGAGAUUGUCCAGACGAGGACCUGGGAGGACGCCAAGCUCACCCAUAACAACCCAUGCCUCGUUGGGCCGCCAUCCCUAGAAUACUGCAUCUACAAGAAGAUCCCCGGCGCCAGGAAACGAUCCGACGCCAGGCAGGGGACGAUCGACCAAGAUCCAGAGUUUAUGAGUUACCUCCUGUCUCUGACCAACCCGGAGACCGAGAAGGAAGGCGAGACAGGCGAAGAUCCGUCAGCGGGAGAGAGCAAGCCGGACACCAAGGUCACGACUACGCCUCUCAUCGAGUACAUCAAGGAGAAGAAGGCGAACAGGGCGAAGGAGGCCGCUGCAGCAAAGAGCGCUAAGCAUGCUCGCCAGGAAUCCCAGAGCACCAAGAACAGCAAGGCCAACGCUGACGACGGCAAAAAGUCCAAGAGAGACAGGGACGGCAAAUCCAACAAGUCGCCCGAAAAGCCGAAGGAGACGGUGCGCAUCCUGACGAAAAAGGCGACGGCUGAGGCGGCCAAGGCUGCGGAGAGUGCGGCGAGCCAAAUCAACGAGGCCACGGCGGCGGCAGCUUCCUCUUCUGAGGCCCCGAAGAGCCGACGGGCUAACAUUGCGGCCGCCGCACGUCUUCUUCAGAGGGAUCUUGGCCUGAGUCCGGGAAGCGCUCAUAGGAGGGCGCGACUCAACGCAGCCAAGACAGAGGCCGAAUCCAAGACGUCGUCUAUCAAGGAGGCCAGCACGGCAGCGAGCGAAGCGACGCCAGCAGCCAGCUCAUCCACGCCUAGCCCAGCCACGGCUGCCCAGUCGGCCGAGAAGCCAGCUACCCCGACUGCCCCCAAGUCAGGCCGCUCGCGCCGGGGUGGCGGCGGUGGGAAGAAUUCGGCUGAAGCAAAGAACAAGGGGGCGGAAAAUACCACCGCACCGGCCGCCUCCGCACCAGCAAAGACGCCAGUUGUCCUCCUGCGGAAGAAGGAAACUGCUCCGGCACCGCAAGCAGCCGCCGCCACCACCGCAGCAACAACGACAAGCGAGACAGCGACACCUGCAGCAGCAGCCGCCGCCGCCGCCGCGGGCCCAAAUCGGCCUCGACACCCACAGGGCGUGACCGAGGCCCUGCUCAAGGCGACCCUCGAGACGUUUGGCGUUGUCACCUUUGUCGAGAUCGACCGCCGCAAGGGCUUCGCGUACGUCGACUUUGCCGACCACGCGUCGCUCGUCAGGGCCAUCACCGGCAGUCCCGUCACCGUGGCCCAGGGCACUGUGCAGGUGCUCGAGCGAAAGGAGAAGAAGCCGGCUGGCGGAGGUGGCGGUGGCGGUGGCGGUGGCACAGCAGCGGCAGCAUCGUCCUCAGCAGCCGCAUCAGGAACAGGAACGGCAGCGCCAGCCGCGUCGACGACGACUGCCACCCCCGCGGCUUCGUCAUCGUCGGGCCCUGCAGAAAAGACGGAGCACACGGGGUCUGGAGAGAUAUCCCGGUGGCCCCCUUUCGAACAGGCACUGCCACAAAGCAGCAGCAGCAGCGUCGAUACACCAACGUCGAGUCAGAUUCACUCGCAUGUGAGCCGAGUCUCUGGCACUCUAGGCGGUUGA